AUGGACAGCCUAAAGGAGCAGGUCAGCAACCUGACCUUGUAUGAUCUCAAAGCGGGAGUCCGCAAAGUACAGAAUGCUGUCAUGAACUAUACCGAAAUGGAGUCGAAGGUUCGAGAAGCGACGAAUAAUGAGCCUUGGGGUGCCUCUACGACAUUGAUGCAGGAGAUUGCUAGUGGGACUCAUAGCUAUCAAUUGCUCAACGAGAUUAUGCCGAUGAUUUACAAGCGAUUCACAGACAAAACCGCGGAGGAGUGGCGGCAGAUUUACAAGGGCCUGCAACUUCUGGAAUUCCUCGUGAAGAACGGAUCGGAACGAGUCGUCGACGAUGCCCGCUCGCACAUGUCCCUCCUCCGCAUGCUCCGCCAGUUCCACUUUAUCGACCAGAAUGGGAAGGACCAGGGUAUUAACGUGCGCAACCGCGCGUCGGAGUUGGUGAAGCUGCUUGGCGAUGUCGAAUUGAUCCGUUCGGAGCGCAAGAAGGCACGCGCCAACCGGAAUAAGUUCAGUGGUUUCGAGGGUGGUAUGGGCGUUGGGGGUGGCACGAGUGCCCGCAACAGCAGAUACGGGGGCUUUGGUAGUGACAGUAUGUCGUUUGGUGGGUACAGCGGGGGUGUUUAUGGUGAUGGGGGUGGAUUUGGAGGUGGAGAGAGUGACUUCCAGGACUCUGGACGUCGGGGAGGUAACCAGUUCGAGGAGUAUGAUGAGUACGAUGAGGCAGAUGCGGCUCCGGCGACGCGACGUGCGGCGAGUCCUCCGCGCGCCAAAGCAAAACAGGCCGAACCUCCGAAACCGAAAGAGCCUGAGCCGGAUCUGCUUGGCGACGAUGAUACCCCUGCCACGACGUCUACUGCCGCUGGCAAGCAGCCUGCCACCAGCGGCGGACUUGAUAUCCUCGAUGCUCAACCGAUGGGAGCGGACGAUGACGACUUUGAUGACUUCCAGUCUGCUACUCCCGCGCCUGCACCGGCAGCAUCGACAUCGUCGAACCAGUUCGGCAUUCCUCCCCCGUCGUCUACUGUCAGCACAACAUCGAACACGCAGUUCGCCGCCCCCAAGCCGGUGUCCGGAUCCCAGGGCGCAAACUUGAACGGUAUCGUCGGAUUCACAUCGAUGACGCCCACUCCCGCCUCGAGCAUCGCAUCCCCCACAUCCCCCGCCGGCGGCGCAGCAAUGCAACCCCUGCAACAACAACAGAAGCCCCUCCAGCCCAAGCCCACAGGCUACCAAGCCGCCACCCCGAACUACUUCACCUCCGUCUCCAUGAACACGAACCAGCCCCCCUCCGGCGGCCUGGGCCACAGACCAGGCGUGUCCUCCGUCUCCUCGCUCACAUCCGCCACCUCAUCCUCCGCCGCCGGUCCCAAGCCCGCCGCCGCUACGCCCAAGCCUUCUGGCGGCGACGCCUUCGGUUCGCUGUGGUCGACUGCUAGUGCCAAGGCGGGAGUCCAGAAGUCCAACUCGAUGGCGAGCAAGGGACCGAAUCUGGCGAGUAUGGCCAAGGAGAAGGCUAGUGCUGGUAUCUGGGGUGCGCCAGCUGCAUCGCCUUCGCCUUCUUUGGGACAGCCUCAGCAGCAGACUCAGCAGGGGGGUUCGAAGACUGGUAGCUCGGGACUUGAUGACUUGCUCGGUUAA